AAAUGAAGAGGCAAUGAAAAGUAUUAAAUUGGUUCUCAUUCAUUCUACACACUCAAUGUUACCUCCUCGUGGGUCUGAGAUCUUUUUCCCCAGAUUCUCUACAAAUCGCUCUCCCCGAUAAAGAAGAAGCUCUCACAAAAUUCCUCUUUCUCUCUCUCUCUCUGAUUCCCCAUUAUUAGUUUCUGUGUUAAAAUUGAAUUGCGACAUAACUCUGCCAAAGUGAUAAGCCCCGAUUCACACUAAUUCCGAGAGAUUUUUCUGUAUUAUUGUUCAUAAUGGGUCAAGACAGCAAUGGAAUUGAGUUUCAUCAGAAGAGACAUGGUCUCUUGAAGGAUCAAGUCCAAUUGGUUAAGAGAAGAGACUCUAUUCGGUAUGAAAUUGUUUCUAUUCAAGAUCGGUUGUCAUUUGAGAAGGGCUUCUUUGCGGUUAUCCGUGCUUGCCAAUUGCUUUCUCAGAAGAAUGAUGGGAUCAUAUUGGUUGGUGUUGCUGGACCUUCUGGUGCUGGAAAGACUGUAUUCACUGAGAAGAUACUCAAUUUUCUGCCAAGUGUUGCUGUCAUUUCAAUGGACAAUUAUAAUGAUUCUAGUCGGAUUGUUGAUGGGAACUUUGAUGAUCCACGGUUAACGGACUAUGACACAUUGCUCAAGAAUCUUGAAGACUUAAAGGAAGGAAAGCAGGUUGAGGUUCCUAUUUAUGAUUUUAAGUCCAGCUCUCGUGUUGGAUACAGGACCCUUGAUGUCCCACCUUCUCGGAUUGUGAUUAUUGAAGGAAUCUAUGCUUUGAGUGAAAAACUGCGACCUUUAUUGGAUCUUCGUGUGUCUGUUACUGGUGGAGUUCAUUUUGACCUUGUUAAACGGGUUCUCCGUGAUAUACAACGUGCAGGUCAACAGCCAGAGGAGAUUAUCCAUCAGAUAUCUGAAACAGUAUACCCGAUGUACAAAGCUUUCAUUGAGCCAGAUCUCCAGACUGCUCAAAUCAAAAUCAUUAAUAAAUUCAACCCCUUCACUGGUUUUCAGAGCCCGACUUACAUCUUGAAGUCAAGAAAGGAGGUAUCUGUUGAUCAGAUCAAGGCGGUCCUUUCUGAUGGACAUACAGAGACUAAGGAGGAGACCUAUGAUAUAUAUCUUCUUCCUCCGGGUGAAGAUCCAGAGUCGUGCCAAUCAUAUUUGAGGAUGCGGAAUAAAGAUGGAAAGUACAGCCUUAUGUUUGAGGAAUGGGUUACGGAUACUCCUUUUGUCAUAUCCCCAAGGAUUACAUUUGAAGUCAGUGUUCGCCUACUUGGUGGGCUCAUGGCAUUGGGAUACACAAUAGCAACUAUACUUAAAAGGAACAGCCAUGUAUUUGCUACUGAUAAGGUGUUUGUGAAAAUCGAUUGGCUUGAGCAACUGAAUCGUCACUACAUGCAGGUGCAAGGUAAAGAUCGGCAACUUGUACAGAGUACUGCAGAGCAGCUAGGAUUGGAAGGAUCGUUCAUUCCACGCACCUAUAUUGAACAGAUCCAACUCGAAAAACUAAUAAAUGAAGUAAUGGCCCUACCAGAUGAUCUAAAGAACAAGCUUAGCUUAGAUGAGGAUUUGGUGUCUAGUUCAAGCCCUAAGGAAGCACUCUUACGAGCGUCUGCAGAUAGAGUAGCCAUGAGAAAUAAGAACCUCAAAAGGUACACAUCUUUUGAGGAGUGUGUGAGAAAGCUUUGUUACUUCCAACCCAUGUGUCCUUAGUUAUGCCAUUUAUUAUACACAGAGGCAUGUCACACUCAUAUUCAACCCAAAGAGAUAAGAAUCUGUCCAAGCUUGCUGGUUAUUCUUCAAGCGAUAGGAGGUACGAAGAAAGAAAUCACGACUCGCCAGCGAACGAGGGGUUUAUGACUCUGCUUUCAGAACAAAUAUCAUCUCUCAACGAGAGAAUGGAUGAGUUCACAAGUCGAAUUGAAGAGCUCAAUUCAAAGUUGAGCUGCAAUAAAAACUCUCCAACACAGCAGAGCUUGUCAAUCCAAACCGAAGUCUGCAAUGGGUCAGCUCCUACUUCGUAUUUCAUUUCUGGUCUGGACAAUGGCUGCUUGACAAAUUCCAUAAUGCCCCAUUCAUCAUCCUCCUCCCAACUAGCCAAGGAUUCACCCUUAAUGGAAGAGAUAUCGACCAUAUCACGAGGACAGCGUCAAGUUAUGCAUCAGUUGGAUAAUUUGUGCAAUCUGAUGAGGGAAAGCUCAGCAGAAAGGUCACGCCUAGCAAGAACAGGGAGCAGCAAUAGCGGUAACAGAGGCAGAUCAAGCAAAAGCUCCUUCUUGUCCAAUGUGGAAUCUAACAAGCUCCCUCUUGUGUUAACCGUGGCUAUUUGCAGCAUAGGUAUUAUAGUGAUCAAGAGCUACAUUAACAAGCGGCAAUAACAUCUAUUAGCCACUAUGGGUUUUCUCUUCUUUUUUUGUUCUUUUGUUUUGGUAUUUUUCUCACUGGAGGCGUUUUGUGAGCUUCCCUGGUUUCUCUACGUAGACAAUGACGCCAGUUCUCUUCCCCUAAAUUAGUCGUUUGGAAGACGUUCUCGAUUAUUUAUUCAAUAAAGUUUAGGUUUUUAGUUUA